AACUUGGUUGGCUAUAACAAUUUUUAUACAGCUUUUAGUCACAGAUGGUUCAAGCAGUUUGGUUUCUAUUUCAACUGUUGGUUCAGAAUUUUAAUUGAGAAGAAGAUCCCUCCUUCAGUUACUAAAAAUCAUGAUUAAACAAGAGAAUAAAAAGUUUAAUAAGUGUGCUUUCCUGAGGCAUGAUUUUUUUUACUACUGCUAAAUGUUACCUGUUUUGAUUUUUGUAAAUUUUAUAAAGUGUUCUUGUGGUUAAAAAGUAUAACUACUCAUAGAUAAGAAAGUUUUACUAUGGAGCCCUAAAUAUUUCUUUGCUAUACCUUUCCAUGUAGUAUACUUCCUAUAGUUUAAAAUGCACUUACAAAGGGGAAAACCCCCUAUUUAUUUAAAUAUCUUUUGCUUUUGAGUUCCCUGUGUAUUUUUGUUGUCAUAUUUUCACACCUUAGAAUUCUUUUACUAAUCAACAAAAUAAGUUGAUAUUCAGUAUCACAUUAGAGAAAAUACUAGCUGAGUGAAAUAUCAAGACAAACUACAGCAUACACAGCCUUAACCUAUGUAACAUCUUUGCUUUGGAACAAAGAAGAUCUAGAUACAGUGAAACACGCGGAAAAGACCAAUGUGAAGGAGAAAUCACACUGAAUUUUAGGAACAACUACAUAAUUGUAAUCUUUUCUAUAGAGUGGUCAUAGGUUGUAACACAGUCUUUGUGUGUGUGCAGGGGGUCAAAGGUUGCUGAAGUAUGUAUGGGUGUUUUUAUUCAUUCUCUGUGGAAUGAGGGUAUCACCUCAAAAAGUAAAAUACCUUUUCAAAUGAUCACAGGAUUUUGAAUAACAAACUGAAAGAGUUUUGGCCCAGAAAGGACACUGUAGCGGGUAAAGCCAAGGACUUCCUAUCUCCCCCUCCCCUAAGAAUCUACCUCUGGCACCAAAGACCAAUGGGCUACCUGUACAUUCCUAAUGUCCCCUUAGGUUCCACCCCAAACCGAGGCUACUGACGUGCCUCACUCCACGUGUUCCACGGAGAGAUCGCCGACCUGGGAUGGAGAUGCCGCGCCCCAGGGGGUCAGGGGUGUCUCUCCCCGCAUUCCCAAAAUAAAGGUCAUUUAUAUUUCAUACUUUUCAGCCGCCGCCGGUCCCCCACAGUUCUAUCACAAACUUCAGCUGGUCUAGCCCAGUCAGUUUGCAGUAAGAAUAACAGAUUGAGAAUCAUUCAGAUUUACCCAGAAUCACAGUGAUUCUUAUUCACCUCAGGGGUCAGAAUCUCCUUGCUCCAAAGUCUGAGGAUCUCUUCACUAUACAUCCUCUUAUGUUCAGUAAUGGGUAAGCAGUCACAAUAGCCCUUAAAUGUAAGAUAUUCAGAUCUUAAGUACAGAAACAUUCGUAUGUUGUGAAGCAAAAUAGUAUAAAAGAUUAACUGUUAACUCUCUCCGGAAAGCAUCUCAAUCUCCUGCUGAUCAAAGUUAAGUUGUUAAACAGGGAAAAUGGCACUUUAACAGUCAUGUUUAAGAAGGAGAUGUUCAUGCGGAGAUAUUUGCAGUCUGAGUUCAAAUGGCUAAAGAAAGAUCCUUCAUUGUGGGAAUCAGCUUGAGUGUGGGCAAAACUGACAUAAUAGAUUAGAUCUUGAAGUAAGUCUUGGCAAAUAAAUUAUUGUUUGAUAAAGGAGAGUUUUGUUUGAUAGGAGAGCUUUUUGCCCAAAUCAUCAAGCUGUUCACUGAUAAAUUGGCUUUCAAAAAUUUCCUGAUACAAACAUUGAAGUUAUUCAUUGCUUUUACAGCUUUAUCUUCCAUAGGGUACCCAGCCCUUCUCUUUUGCAAGGCUCUAAGGGUUUCUCAUGAUGCAGGACUUCUAAUAUUUUUGUGGUUUGUUUGCUUGUUUGGUCAGUACUGGAGAUUGCCUUUGCACUGAGCUAUGUCCCCGCUGAUAGAGUUAUUUCCAAAAGAUGAAAAAUAUUAACAAAAGAUGAGAAAUAUAAAAUAAAAAGCGGCCUUUAUUCUGAGAACACGGAGAGAGAUGACCGGCACCCCCACCGCUGGCGUCCGGUGAUCUCUCCGGCGGUCACGUGGCGUGGGGGCCUGUAAAUAGCCUCAGUUUGGGGUGGAACCUAAGGCGGGCAUUAGGGAUACACAGGUAGCCCAUUGGUCCUAGGUUUGGCACCAUAUGUAAAUUCCCAGGGGCGGGAAGAUGGCAUCACAGGUAACUUCCUAGGGGCAGGGCAAGAUGGGGCUUCCUGCUUCCGGUUGUGGCUUUCCUGGCUACAGUGUCCUGUCUGGGCCAAAACCUUUCAUAUCCCGUCUUAUGAUUAUUAUUAUGAAAAGGGGCGAAGAUUUCUCUCUUUAACUACUUCCUGCUGGCAAAGGGUGCUGUCCUGGAGCCUAGGGGAGUCGACGGGAUGAAGGUUGAUGCCCAGGUAGACGCUGGUGCCAGGUGUUUUGGCCAGGACAACUUCACUGGUGAAUGCACGUAUGUCAGACUGGAAAAACAAAGAGACAAGACGUUAUGAUGAGACAUGGCACUGUCAUAUUUAAGGACUCAGGUGAGGUAGAAGGAAAGGUGCCUUUGAUUUAGACAUAUCAUUCUAUCAGGACCAUGUUGAGGUAUAAACAUUUCCACAGUAAGGCAGAAUUCUGAAAAUUAAACGUGGGGUUAGGAGGAGUGGAGUUAUGAGAGGUGAUUACUCCCCCUUUCAAUAGGCAGUCAGACCGGGCUAGGCCCUUGAAGAAGCUGGCAAAGAGGACCAGAUGUCUGGUGACCUUGGAGGAAACACACACCUCUUGCUGUGGGCCAGAUCUCAGGACAGAAGGCGGAACAAAUGCAACCACACUCUUAAGUAUAAUACUUAGGGAUUAAAUCUGGAUCACUUUGAGAAGCCAGGAGUCACCAUCCCAGACCCCUAUAGGAAGAGUCACUGAUCCAUAAAGAAUGCUCUCUUGCUAUGUGAUUCGCUUCCCCAUUUGUCCUUGAUUUGGUAUGAAGAUUAGUUUGUUGUAGUGGGCAUGGGAAACUAAUAGAGAAACUGUCACGAAAAUCAGUGGUUACAUCAUGCUGCCUUUGUCAUUUAAUUUCAAGUUGCUUUUAUGAGCAAAGCUUGUGUUACCAAGCAACAGUUGCUAAGUAAGGUAACAACUUAAUGCUAAUAUCUAGAGGACAGCACUAGCUUACAACUCCCCAAAUCCAGGGCCCUUCCAUUAUAUGAGAGGCUUUUAUACUAUUCUUUAAUGUUAGACACAUAAUUUAUGGUAAAUUAUUUUGUCCUUACCACCUUUUAGUAUUAUCCUAAAAUCCUGAACUUCUUUCAGUUUAAAUGUCUGGCUUCUUUUAAGGCUACUUUUGCUGAUCCUAAGAUGAGUUUAAUUAAGAUGAGUUGGUUGUAAAAAGAUAGGCAAAUCCUGUGACCAGCUCAGAGGACUCAUCUGAAAUUUAACUAUGAUCAGAAAUUCAGAUUACACAAACUUUGUUUGCUGUGCCAUUUGUAAUAAAAUAAUUCCACCAGCUCCUUUUGGGGAAACCUUCAAAAAGAUCCAUGAAUACAAGCCAUUUAAGACACGGUUUUAUACUCACAAGGAUAUACUGGAUAUUGGGGCAGAUAUUCUACAUAAAGAAGAGCAGUUUCAAGUGAAUGUACUCAAAGAAAGUAUUGCAAAAGCAGAAGCUAAAGUGUGGGAGCAGGCCAAUGAACGCCAAAAACAAGCAGUGGAAAGAGCACUUGAAGACGCAGAUGUGAGACACAAAUUUCAAAUUCAGAUUUUGGAAGAAAAACAUCAAAAAGAUUUACAGGAAAUGGCAGAUAAAACCAAGACAGAAGUGUUUCAAAAUGUGGGCGAGGAAAUGAAGAGGGAAAACCUGGCUGCAGAACAACGCAUGGUUCAUCGAAUCCAGAGGAUUAUGGUGGAGUGCCACAGAGAGAAGAUGGAGGCGGUGCAGAAGGCCAGGGAGGAGGAGCGGCAGAUCGCUCAGCUGGCCCUCAAGGACCAGAAAAGCAAGGUCGUGGAGGAACUUGUGAAGACUGGGAUAGAAGGGAUUAAGGCGCACAAGAUGAACAUGGAACAGUUAAUAAAGGCAAAGGAGCAUGAAAUGAAUGCUUACUACGGCGUAGCUCAGAGACAGACGCAGAAAGAGGUCCAGCAGGUACUUCAAGAGACAGAGAAGACGCAUCAGGCCUCUCUGGGCAAUGUGAUGAGUAAACUGGUCAACACCCAGGGGGAGCUGCUGUCCAUAGCGGAGCAACUGGGAAUCAUGACAAACUGGAAAGACUUUCUGGAGGAGGAAUUACAGGAAACCAGAGCAGCAUUUCAAAAAUACAUCAAUUAUACUUUUCCUAAGCUUUCACCAGGGCAGGCCGAUUUUAUUCUGCCAGAAAGAAAGAGAAUGCCUUCUCAUCUGGUUACGAAGCAUAAAACAGUUCCAGAGCAGAAAUCUUCACCUGAAAAUGUCUCUACAAAAGAGAAAACAUUCAAAGGCUGAAUAAAUUUAUUCAAAAUCA